AUGGAACAGCGACUGCAGGAGCAGUCCCAGCAGCAGCAGCAGCAGCAGCAUCGGCAAUUGACGUUCGACGCGAACCGGGCGGACUUGGCGAACCUGUACCAGGAAGAGUCGGUGCUGACCUUCGACGGCCAGGAGAUCAAGGGCAAGGAGGCUAUCCUCACCAAACUCACCUCCCUUCCCUUCCAGCAGUGCCAGCACCACAUCGGCACCAUCGACUGCCUGCCCUCCGGCGGCGCGGUCUUCGUCCUCGUCACCGGCAACGUACAGCUAGACGGCAAGCAGGACGCCCUCGAUUUCUCUCAGAUACCACCUUUUGGCUCCCUUUUUGGUACUCUUGGAGUUACUUCUGUCAUGAUUUUCACAUUGUCUCACAUUGUUGCUCGACGCGUCUGGUGUAUUGCUUUUUGA